AUGAACCUGAGGGCAGUGACUGAGAUGGAGCCCACAGAUAGGGAAUUCACGCGGAUUGAGCACCUGCUCUCAACACUGUCAGAUGCAGCCCAGCAUCGUCAUGAACCUCGUGAAGUCUUUCCUCCCCGCCAGUGGAGAUUCUGGUCCCAGGGGCUCUGCAAGGCCCUUGCCCCGCUGCAAGCUGCCUGGAUUGCCUUCUCCCAGCCUGUCCCAAGCAGCUGUGGCCAGCUGCUCACCCAGCUCCUCCUGUGCGGUUGCCUGGCCAUUGCCGCCACAGGUCUGACCUACCAAUGGCUGGCAUCCUUGCUGCUUUAUCCUCUAGGACCCUCAGCCAUGGUGGCCACUGUCUGUGGCCUCCUGGUCUUCCUGGGCCUGAGCCUGGUGCCUCCUGCCCGCUGCGUGUUUGCACUCAGUGUGCCCACCCUGGGCACAGAGCAGGGCCGUAGCCUACUCCUCUCCUGGAGUACUGCCACCCUGGCCAUUGCUGUGGUGCCCAACGUCUUGGCCAACAUGCACGCAGCUGGGCAGGUGCUGAGGUGUGUCACUGAGGGCUCUCUGGAGAGUCUGCUCAACACCACUCACCAGCUGCAUGCAGCAUCCCAGGCUCUGCGCCCUGCUGGCCAAGUGGGCAGCCAAGGCCUGACACUCCAGGCCCAAGGCAAUGGCUCUGCCUUCAGGCUCCACAUGCUCAAGGUCACUCAGCAGGUCCUGGAUGACUUCUCUGGCCUGGAGUCCUUGGCCCGUGUGGCAGUGCUGGGGACCCAGCGGGCGGUCACGGGGCUCUUUACGCUGGGUCUCCUGGUGGACUCGGCCUGGUACCUCCACCGCUACCUGACCAACCUGCAGUUUGAUAACGUCUAUGCUACCCGGCAGCUGGCUCAGCAACUGGCAGAGGUCGGGGCCACACACUUGGUGGCCUCCCCGCCAGCCUGGCUGCUCUGGGCGACCCGGCCGAGGCUGUCCCAGAGGGAGCUGCUGAAUUGUCCCCUAAAGCUGGGGAUGCUCACCCUGCUUCUGAUGGCCACAGCUGUGACAGUGGCCAUGGACCAUGUGGCUUUUCUCCUGGCACAGGCAGCUGUGGACUGGGCUCAGAAGCUGCCCACCGUGCCCAUCACACUCACCAUCAAGUAUGACGCUGCAUACACUGUCCUGGGCUUCAUCCCCUUCCUCUUCAACCAGCUGCCUCCAGAGAGCCCCUUCCUCUCUUCCCACCACUCCUUCCAGUGGGAGCUGCGCUUUACCGCCCCCGGCUGCCCGCUGCUGCCCGCCCAGCGCCCACAUACAGCUGCCCCACUGGCUGCUGGCGCCCUGCAGCUUGUGGCUUGCUCCACGGUCCUCCUGGAGACCUAUGCCCGCCGCCUGCGGCACAGCAUCGCUGCCUCCUUCUUCAAGACCCAGGAGGCAAGGAGGGUCCGCCACCUUCAGGCCAGGCUCCAGCGAAGAUACAACAGGCACCAAGCCCAGCAGCUGGCCAGGGGAACUCCAUUGACCUUGACACCCAGCAAGCAGCCAGCAUGGCUAGACAGGCCCCUAGACACCUGGCAAAGAGAGAGCAGUGGGGCCGAGGGGAAAGAGCUUUGGAGUUGCCCAGCCCUGAGUUGUAACCUUGGCCCUUCUGCUCUUUCUCUGUGUGACCUCUCUGAGCCUCUGUUUCUACAUCUGCAUAACAACUGCGUAAUAACUACUGAUGAGACUUUCCACGCGGCAAUGUGAUAGGACGGGAUGUGAUGUUGGACAUCAAAGUCUUUGAUAAACAGAAUCAAGCUAUGCAAAGUGAAGACAAAGUUCCUCCGGCCUGUGGGGGAUG